AUGGCCUCGAACAACGGAGCGCAUUCCAACGGCGCUGAUGCGACUCUGAUCCCGCCAAAGGGCGCUUUCAUCCCCCUUCUCAUCAACGGAGCGGACGUCAAGCAUUCGGAUACCAGCCGACAUUGGACCUUGGAUAACGGUGACAGCAAUGCUGGCCCAUCCGCAACUUUCCAAGGCGCGGACGCAGCCACGGCUCUCCAGGCGAUUGAGGGGUCUCAGAAGGCCUUUGAAACUUGGUCUCAGACCCGAGUAGGGGAGAGAAGAACCCUGUUCCAGAAGCUAGUAGAGGGUAUUCGAAACAACAAAGAGGCGAUCGGCCAAAUGAUCAAGGAAGAAAUCCAUUGCGACGACCAUUGGAUCACGAUACAGCUAGUUGUUGGGGUCAGUGUGAUUGAAGAGGCGGCAGCAGCAAUGAGUUCGGAGGCCGCGGCGGGACAGAUUCUGCAUUCCAUGGUUCCCGGCGCGUAUCCCCUCGUGAUCCAAGAACCAUACGGCGUCAUCCUCGGAAUGGCGCCGUGGAAUGCGCCGCUGAUUCUCGGGUUGCGAUCGAUCGUUGGUGCCCUUGCUGCCGGCAAUACUGUCAUCUUCCGAGGCUCUGAAUUAUCCCCGAGAACUCAUCGAUUUAUUGCGAAUCUGAUUCGCUGGGCCGGUUUCCCUCCCGGAGUCUGCAACUUCCUUCUUCAUCGCCCCGAGGACGCCGUCGAAGUAUUCGAGACUUGUAUCAGUCAUCCCUCUGUAAAGAAGGCUAACUUUACGGGGUCUACCGCCGUUGGGAGAUCCAUUGCCGUUGCUGCGGCUAAACAUCUUAAACCGGUGCUGUUAGAACUUGGCGGGAAGAAUAUCAGCAUAGUCCUCGAAGACGCAGAUAUCGAGAAGGCAGCAGAGGAGAGUUGGGACCAUGCAAUGAUGAAUAAUGGCCAAGUUUGCAUGGCUACAGACACCAUCCUUGUCCACGAUGCAAUCAUAAAGGACUUCACUGCGGCGAUACGCAAGCAUUUAGAUAGGCCUUCCUCUCUCAAUUACCGUGUCAUCACAGACAAGGCUCGUCAGAGGAUAAUUCAGACGCUGGAGGAGAUCACUGCUGCUGGCGCUAAAGUAACAACGACAACCGGUGAGCACCCUGCCAUUCCUGCAGCGCUCAUUGAAGAUGUGCCUGCGGACUCCAAACAUCAUCGCACAGAGUUCUUUGGCCCUCUCCUUGCGGUACAGCCUAUAUCUAGUGAGGACGAUGCUGUAAGACUUGUCCACGCUACUGAUCAUGGAUUAUCCUGCUCUAUCUUUUCUAAGGAUACCCUGAGGGCUGUCAAUUUGGGCAGACGCCUGGAUGUUGGCGCCGUGCACAUCAAUGCAGGUAGUGUUCAUGACGAAGGAAACUUCCCUCAUGGCGGUACCAUGAACAGCGGAUAUGGCCGGUUUGGCGGAACCUGGGCUGUCAGAGAGUUCACGAAGCCAAAGAUGAUGAUGAUAUAUCAGUGA